AUGGGAGCAAAUGGACAACCACUAGAGCAUAAACCGUUGGUUAGGGACGGUCGUUUCAACAACCAUAUGAUUGAUCGAUAUACGGAGAUGCAAUCGUCUUACAUUCAUGAACGACGUCAAGUUGACUUGAUGGAGCACUUAUGGGCGGUGAGAGGCAGGACGGUGAAUGAAGUCAAUUGA